GCUCCCACAUCUCUAGUCCCGCGUACAGCCCCAUCUCUAGCGUCGACGUCGCCCAAUUUCAAUAUUCAACAAUAUCCCGUGUUUUUGUGUUGUUUUCCUCAUCAGCUAGCUAAAAGCAAAUCGAUAUGGCAGCUUACACCGAGGAUCAGUUGGCUGAAUUCCAGGAGGCCUUCAACCUGUUCGACAACCGCGGCGAUGGCAAGAUCCAGCUGAGCCAGGUGGGCGAGUGCCUGAGGGCAUUGGGCCAGAAUCCCACCGAGUCCGAUGUGAAGAAGUGCACCCACCAGCUGAAGCCCGAUGAGCGCAUCUCGUUCGAGGUGUUCCUGCCCAUUUACCAGGCGAUUUCAAAGGCCCGUUCCGGCGAUACGGCCGAUGACUUUAUUGAGGGACUGCGUCACUUUGACAAGGACGCCAGCGGCUACAUUUCCUCCGCCGAGCUGCGUCACCUGCUGACAACGCUGGGCGAGAAGCUGACGGACGAGGAGGUGGAGCAGCUGCUGGCCAAUAUGGAGGAUCAGCAGGGCAACAUCAACUACGAGGAGUUCGUGCGCAUGGUCAUGCAGGGUUAGGGUGGAGCUGAUUCCCGAUUCACCACGACAAUAGAAGCAACACACCACUAAAACACAACAGCAACACUAAAACACACCUGCCAAGCUAGCUGAGCCAGCCGUUCAUUCCGCCAGAAGUUCCAACUCCGUGAUUCCAACUUAGCAGCCAUCCUUUCCCCCAAAAUGAAGGACUUAAAACCAAGGACAACGACCAAGGAUAUCGAGAUAUAUACACAAUAAAUACAGGGGAAAAGUGCUUCACAAGCAGCUAAAAAACACAGAAAACUUAAAACUUCGAGAUUGGAGCUAUAUAUUCCCACUUCCAAAAACUAACCAUCGAUGUAGACACAUAGAUUCAUCAUGAUUAACCAUAACUAAUCACUGCGUCUGUGAAUUAUUAUGCGUAUUAUUCUAAAAGAAAACUAGAAGGUUAAUCAGUAAUUAUAUAUCACCUAGUGCGGGCCGUUCUUUUGUACCAAUCAAUCACACUCGAUACAUAUAUUACAUCUAUAUUAUAUUUCAAUGGAAGACAAAGACAGCGAGGAUGAGUAUCACGAAAAAGUAUUUCGAAAUUAAAUUUGAUAUGCGUCGCGUGGUGGCGCGUGUCCGAAUUUAAAUACGCAUUUUGAAGUUUUACAUGUUUAUUUUUUUUAAUAAUUUAAUAUUUGUAUUUAAUAAUAAAUAAAACAAAGAGAAGCAAUGAAUGUGUAGGUCUUUUUACAAAAGGAACGUACUUAAAUCUAUUAAACCAAUUGAACCGUAA